UGUAACGAUCAUUAUUAGUUUUAUUGAGUGCUAACAAUCUGUGAUAAUUUUUGUGCAGUGUCUAGACAAUGUCAUCCCAAGAGACUGAAAUUCUAAAUGAACUAGACACUGGAGAUAAUUUAAGAAUUCAUUCAAGAAUUACCUAUAUAAUCCUUGCCAAAAGUGUUUAACCUGACUAAUCCAUUUUGUGGGAUUUUCUACAAGCCAACUGGUCUGAACUCUUCAAAGAUGUCAAAGUGAUGAAAAUUUAAAAGGCAGCUGUCCCUUUUCCUCCAACCCAGCGGCUUACUUUGAAAGAAGUAUUUGAGAAUGGGAAGCCUAAAAUUGAUGUUUUGAAAAACCAUUUGGUGAAGGAAGGGAGACUGGAAGAGGAAGUAGCCUUAAAGAUAAUCAAUGAUGGAGCUGCCAUCCUGAGACAAGAGAAGACUAUGAUAGAAGUAGAUGCUCCGAUCACUGUAUGUGGUGACAUUCAUGGGCAAUUUUUUGACCUGAUGAAGUUGUUUGAAGUUGGAGGAUCACCUAGUAACACGCGCUACCUCUUCCUGGGUGACUAUGUGGACAGAGGUUAUUUCAGUAUAGAGUGUGUGCUAUUUUUAUGGAGUUUAAAGAUUAAUCAUCCCAAAACAUUGUUUCUGCUUCGAGGAAAUCAUGAAUGCAGGCAUCUUACAGAAUAUUUCACCUUCAAACAGGAAUGUCGGAUAAAAUAUUCCGAACAGGUGUAUGAUGCAUGUAUGGAAACAUUUGACUGUCUUCCUCUUGCUGCCCUGUUAAAUCAGCAAUUUCUAUGUGUACAUGGAGGGAUGUCACCUGAAAUUACUUGUUUAGAUGAUAUUAGGAAAUUAGACAGGUUUAAAGAACCUCCAGCCUUUGGGCCAGUGUGUGACCUGCUUUGGUCUGAUCCCUCAGAGGAUUAUGGCAGUGAAAAGACCUUUGAGCACUAUAGCCACAACACUGUCCGAGGGUGCUCUUAUUUUUACAGUUACCCUGCAGUUUGUGAAUUUUUGCAGAAUAAUAAUUUGUUAUCAAUAAUCAGAGCCCAUGAAGCCCAAGAUGCAGGGUAUCGAAUGUACAGGAAGAGCCAAACAACCGGCUUUCCAUCACUCAUCACAAUUUUCUCUGCCCCCAAUUACCUAGACGUCUAUAACAAUAAAGCUGCUGUGUUAAAGUAUGAAAACAAUGUCAUGAAUAUCAGGCAGUUUAACUGUUCUCCACAUCCCUACUGGCUUCCAAACUUUAUGGAUGUUUUCACGUGGUCCUUGCCUUUUGUUGGGGAAAAAGUCACAGAGAUGCUGGUUAACAUUCUCAACAUAUGCUCUGAUGAUGAAUUGAUUUCUGAUGAUGAAAUUGAAGGAGGUACAACAGUUCGAAAGGAGAUCAUCAAGAAUAAAAUCAGAGCCAUUGGGAAGAUGGCACGGGUCUUUUCAGUUCUUCGGGAAGAGAGUGAGAGUGUGCUGACUCUCAAGGGCCUGACUCCUACAGGUACACUCCCUCUGGGUGUCCUCUCAGGAGGAAAGCAGACUAUUGAGACAGCCACAGUAGAAGCGGUAGAGGCCCGGGAAGCUAUCAGAGGGUUUUCGCUUCAGCACAGGAUCCGGAGUUUUGAAGAAGCUCGAGGUCUAGACCGAAUAAAUGAGCGGAUGCCUCCCCGAAAGGAUAGCCAGUACGCAGAUGGGCCAGUGAAAUUGGUAACCCCUGUCCACCCAAAUGCUGCGCAUAAGAGCGACCCAGGGAAGAAAAGCCAGUAAUGACUCAGUCCUGCUGCAGGGUGGAUCAGAACUUCAGAACAAAUUUUAUUUAUUUAUUAUUGGAAAACAAAACAUCUUAAACCUGGAGGUGCAUUCAUAAUACACUCUGCAUUUAUUCUGUAAGAAAGGCAACCAUUUUAUAAAUUCUUUUAAUUUAUGUUCAUUAUAUAAAAAAAGUACAUCUGUUUUGUUUUUCCCUUUUAUUCCUAGUUUUUAGGAAUUGAUCUGAUUGUUGUCAAUACAUAUGUGAAGUCUUGUGCUAUAAAGGGGACCUUCCCCUAAUAAAAGGGCCUUGGAAACCUCCAAUCUAGGUUUCAGACUUGAACUAGCUAGCCUUUUCUCUUGUUUUUAGUAGGUAAUAUUUUUCAUUUCAGACUAAUAACUUUUCAAACACAAGAGGGUUUUAUCGUUUUUUUUUUUCUCCUCUAGGGCACUAUUAUAUACCAAGUAUCUCUCAGACUUCAGUGGCUAAAACUAUUCUUAGAGAAAACUUGAUCAUAGUAGAACUUUCACAUGAAUAACCUAACCGCAGUGAUUUGAAGGACCGAGAAGAACUUUUUCCAUAAUAACUUACUUUCUUCUGGACUCCCAGUUGCUUUUAAUAGCUUCAAUUAAAACAAAAUAAAAAGUAAAGAGAGAUUUU